UCUCUGGAUUUAAAUCCAGAUGGGCCUUCAUCACGACAGCAACAUAACCAACACCAGUCCAGGAGGGGCCGAGCCAGAGUGGACCACAACCGUAACUGGAGUGGUCCUAAUAAUUAUGGCCCGCAUCAAGGCCAUUUUCACCAUGGGGUCAAAUCAUCUCAUGUCCAUGACAUUUCAACUGCCCUAGUAAAUUUCCAUCCUCCCCACCACCAAGAGGAUGAACAGAGGGGUCGAGGAAGAGGGGGAGGAGGAAGAGGGGGUAACGGAAGUAGUGGGGGAGGUGGCCGGGGCUCAAGGGGCUGGAAUCCGAGGUGGAAUAGGCCUGGGGUUGAAAUUGGCACUGGGCCACCUGGCUUACCUGGGGGCCACCAUGGACUGGUUGGUGGUGGUGGAGGCUACAGGCCUGGAACAAUCCCCAUGGAGAGGGGACCACCCAUAGACGGGCCUAGCUGGCGUCGAGACCCUGGGGGCCGGGGGGGAGAGUUGGGGCCUGCCCACGAAGACCACCAGGACACCCGGCCUAAAAAGCCCCGGAGGUUCAGCCAGGAGCCACGGAGAGGAGAGAGGAGCUCUAAAGGACCUCCUCACUCUCUGGACAAGCAGGAGAACCAGGAAAACCACGCUACGGGAGGGGGAGGGGGAGGAGGAGGCUGGGAUCCGGUUGAGCCCAGAGAAGAAACCCGACCAUUAGAAAUGGGGACAAGAAACCGUAAAGGCAGUAGGACCGAGGACAGGAACCCCCACGUUGACCCUCGAAAGAAAUUCCCAGAGCCCAAACGACGCCAGGGGCCGAUCAAAGAAUAUCCCCAGGAGAGGAAGGAGCCUGAAAGGGGAGCCAGUGGCAGAGACACCCCCCCUGCCCAUCAUGACAAACUGGGCCCCAGCACUGAAGAGCCCAGCUGGAGGGGUCAGGGGAGAGGCCAGGGGAGAUGCACCCCCCUGCAGGACAGAGGCCAGAGGAGAACACCCAAGUACAACUACAUGCCUGGGCAGAAGAGGGGGGAAAACGUGCCCAACAAGAGCAAGGAGACACAGACAGGUGAGAGGGCAAAAACAUUUAGCAGAAAAAACAAUAACCAAAUGAAAACCCUAAACAUUUUUGAUUAGAUCGGUAAUUUGUGAAUGACUUUGUUCUGAGAGUAGUUAUCAUGUUCAUUGUAUGUUCCAAAUGGCACCCUUUUCCCUACAUAGUGCACUACUAUUAACCUAAGCCCUAUGGGCCAUGGUCAAAAGUAGUGCACUAUAUAGGGAAUAGGAUGCCAUUUGGGGUUGAAUCAUAAUUAUUAAGACCACUCCAGUUAUGGUUGUGGUCCACUCUGGCUCGGCCCCUCCUGGACUGGUGCUGGUUACGUUUCUGGAGUCUAGUGACUCUCUCCUUUAUCUCUGUCCAGGUUGCCUGAUCGAGCAGCUGUCCGAGGAGAAGUAUGAGUGCAUGGUGUGCUGUGAGGUGAUCAGGGUGAUGGCCCCUGUCUGGAGCUGCCUCAGCUGCUUCCAUGUCUUCCAUCUCAACUGCAUCAAGAAGUGGGCCCGCUCCCCAGCCUCACAGGCAGACGGUAGGCCUAACACAGACAAACAGGCAGACACGUGUGCGUGCAAUUAAGCACUGCCCAACAGUCACUCAUUCAGCUGUGCAUCUAUUCAUGAGUUUUAACACAAUAGUCCUCCAUAGAUAGCACAUUGCUGCUCCACCCAGAGAAAACAAGAGUGCAAAUUCUGCACGACAGAUGAGGCUACAAUAUCCACUGUAGCAUACGUGUGGCCCCAGUGACCUUACAGUGAGGGAAAAAAAGUAUUUGAUCCCCUGCUGAUUUUGUACGUUUGCCCACUGACAAAGAAAUUAUCAGUCUAUAAUUUUAAUGGUAGGUUUAUUUUAAGUGAGAGACAGAAUAACAACAAACAAAUCCAGAAAAACGCAUGUCAAAAAUGUUAUAAAUUGAUUUGCAUUUUAAUGAGGGAAAUAAGUAUUUGACCCCCUCUCAAUCAGAAAUAUUUCUGGCUCCCAGGUGUCUUUUAUACAGGUAACGAGCUGAGAUUAGGAGCACACUCUUAAAGGGAGUGCUCCUAAUCUCAGCUUGUUACCUGUAUAAAAGACACCUGUCCACAGAAGCAAUCAAUCAAUCAGAUUCCAAACUCUCCACCAUGGCCAAGACCCAAAGAGCUCUCCAAGGAUGUCAGGGACAAGAUUGUAGACCUACACAAGGCUGGAAUGGGCUACAAGACCAUCGCCAAGCAGCUUGGUGAGAAGGUGACAACAGUUGGUGCGAUUAUUCGAGGAAUCAGCCCAGAACUACACAGGAGGAUCUUGUCAAUGAUCUCAAGGCAGCUGGGACCAUAGUCACCAAGAAAACAAUUGCUAACACACUACGCCGUGAAGGACUGAAAUCCUGCAGCGUCUGCGGUCCCCCUGCUCAAGAAAGCACAUAUACAUGCCCGUCUGAAGUUUGCCAUUGAACAUCUGAAUGAUUCAGAGGAGAACUGGGUGAAAGUGUUGUGGUCAGAUGAGACCAAAAUGGAGCUUUUUUGCAUCAACUCAACUCGCCGUGUUUGGAGGAGGAGGAAUGCUGCCUAUGACCCCAAGAACACCAUCCCCACCGUCAAACAUGGAGGUGGAAACAUUAUGCUUUGGGGGGGGGGGGGGGUUUCCUGCUAAGGGGACAGGACAACUUCACCGCAUCAAAGGGACGAUGGACGGGGCCAUGUACCGUCAAAUCUUGGGUGAGAACCUCCUUCCCUCAGCCAGGGCAUUGAAAAUGGGUCGUGGAUGGGUAUUCCAGCAUGACAAUGACCCAAAACACACGGCCAAGGCAACAAAGGAGUGGCUCAAGAAGAAGCACAUUAAGGUCCUGGAGUGGCCUAGCCAGUCUCCAGACCUUAAUCCCAUUAGAAAAUCUGUGGAGGGAGCUGAAGGUUGGAGUUGCCAAACGUCAGCCUCGAAACCUUAAUGACUUGGAGAAGAUCUGCAAAGAGGAGUGGGACAAAAUCCCUCCUGAGAUGUGUGCAAACCUGGUGGCCAACUACAAGAAACGUCUGACCUCUGUGAUUGCCAACAAGGGUUUUGCCACCAAGUACUGAGUCAUGUUUUGCAGAGGGGUCAAAUACUUAUUUCCCUCAUUAAAAUGCAAAUCAAUUUAUAACAUUUUUGACAUGCGUUUUUCUGGAUUUUUUUGUUGUUAUUCUGUCUCUCACUGUUCAAAUAAACCUACCAUUAAAAUUAUAGACUGAUCAUCUCUUUGUCAGUGGGCAAACGUACAAAAUCAGCAGGGGAUCAAAUACUUUUUUCCCUCACUGUAUAUAAUCUUAAUUGUAGCUAAUGUGCGCUGAUGUUAAUUCUGUACUAACAAUGUAUUAUAGAUUACAACUUUCUUUAAGAUGUAGUGCACAUAUUGUGGCUAACCAUCAUUCUAAAAGAGACCUGUGAAGGAUGCGAUAUGCAAGCUUUGCUCUGAUUUGCAGAAACAAAUGAUGGGUGGAGGUGUCCAGCCUGUCAGAAUGUUGUCUUCCAACCCCCAAACACCUACAAGUGCUUCUGUGGUAAGUGAUUAGCUAAUAGCCAUUAUUCCCAGACAGUAGUGCAUCCCUAGUCUUCAAAAGACCCAGUCGUUCAGUCUUUUUGUUCUGUAUCAAUGGACGCAACCUAGUCAUUCGUUCUAAAUGUUCUGUUGCGAUACUGGCUGACAACGUUCUAAUCCCUUGCUUGCUAGCUAGCCAACUACAGCUAAUUUACAGUCACGUCAAACAGUACAGCCAGAAUAACAACAGUAGCUGCAUUUGUUUAAGCUGUUUUCUAGUGAUAUUUAUUUGGAUACAUCCAUAACAAUGAGCUAAUGAGGCUCGAUUUUGUCAGGCAUAGAGAAUGUGCCCAAACGAGCUAGCCAACAACACAGCUAACACUAUCACUUCAAACUGAAGCUGGAAAGACUGCAAGACUUUUACGAACAAACGCAAAUGCAGCUACUAAUUUGGGUCCCAAGGCAAAACCAGUUGAGAACCACUGCUCUAGAAUGCCCUUAAAGCCAAUCAGAAAUUAGUAUUCAACAAUGCCAUGGUAUAAAACGAAUAAAGUUUAAUAACAAAUAGAUUAUUGAUCUCAAUGACACUGACCUGGUAAAAUAAACAAGUAGUAGAAAUACAUUUCCUUGUCCCGAAUUCUUUCCCUACACUGUGUUUCAUUAUUCUGGUGUGAUUGACAGGCAAAGUGACCAACCCAGAGUUCCAGCGUAGCGAGAUCCCACACAGCUGUGGAGACAUGUGUGGGAAGAAGAGGAGCGGAGCGGACUGCAAGCACCCCUGUAACAUGUGAGCCACAACCCAACACAUACGUAACAAACCUCAACCCACCACCACAUAACAAUCUGUAGUUACAGCUACAACAUGAAGUGGUUGUGUGAUUGUCUCUGCAGCUUGUGUCACCCCGGGCCUUGUCCACAGUGUCCUGCCUUUGUUACCAAAGCCUGCAUCUGUGGAAGAACCAGGUACUGUAUAUCCUCUUGACCUAAUGGGUUGCGUCCCAAACGGCACCCUAUUCCCUAUAUGAUGCACUACUUUUGACCAGGGCCCAUAAGGAUCUGGUUAAAAGUAGUGCACUAUAUAGGGAAUAGGGUGCCGUUUGGGACUCAAACAAUGUCUGCAUUGUACUGCCUUACCCACUGUUUAUUUACAUACCUUAGGCUGCCAAAUGUUCGUAAUUUCUGUGUCACUACUUUGAGCCUCAGCCCCCCCCCCCCCUUCCCCCACUCACAGUAAAAUACAUCCAUACUUCUCUCUGCAGUCAGCCGAUGCGUUGUGGCCAGGCCACUGCCAUCCACUGUGACAAGCAGUGUGGCUUGAUCCGCAACUGUACCGAACACACCUGUACCCAGGUGUGCCACAGCGGACUCUGCCAGCCGUGCCCGCUACAGGUCCAGCAGGGUGAGAUACUACAGGAAGUUCCACAUCAUAUAGUAAAUAGCGAUGACUUUGUCCCCAUCUCCAUGUCUUAGCUAUGGUAAUGCAUUACACUUACACUGAUGCGGUCUCCUGUUUUUCUUAACCUUUGACUUGCUGACGUGCUGUUGCAGUGUGCUACUGUGGGGUUGUCUCUCGGGAGGUGCUGUGUGGGACGGAUAAAGACUGCUUUGACGGCUCAGGACACUUCUCCUGUCAGAAAGCAUGUGGCAAGUAAGUUCUAACCAGCAGAUAGAAAACAACUUAGUCGUUUGCUACUGUGAGAACAUGAUCUAUUCCCACCUGAAGAUCAGUCAGUAAUGUGUUAGCCAGAUUUGCGGCGCAUCCUUUUCCUUGCUCCAAUCAUGCCUUGUAUAUUAUUGCUAGGUUUUCUUGUUGGUUUUCUGUUUUGAAAAUAUUUUCUUGCUCCCAGGAUGUUGGACUGUGAGGCCCACCGAUGCCAGCAGGUGUGCCACCGUGGGCCGUGCCAGCCGUGCCCGCGCUCCCCCAGGCUGGUGAGGAGCUGCCCCUGUGGGCAGACGGCCCUGGCCAAGCUCCUAGAGCUGGGCUACCCCGAGCGCCGCAGCUGCUCUGACCCCAUCCCCUCCUGUGGCAAGACCUGCAGCAAGCCCCUGCCCUGUGGAUCCAAUGGUAAGACCGACAGUGUGUCCACAUGUAUAGUCUCUCUAUGGGAUUUAAAUGUGUUGACUUGUUCCCUCAUGUCAUUCCAGAGACCAUCCACAUCUGUGAGAAGCUGUGCCAUGAGGGCAGCUGUGGCCCCUGCUCACUCACCUCCACCAUCAAAUGCAGAUGUGGUUCUAAGAUCAAUGUUAGUCCCCAAUAAGAACUGCUGUAUGUCUAUGGCGUUUGUAUCUUCAAAUGUAAUGUUCUGUAUAGACUGCACACUGUUGCAAAUGGAGGUGUAAUUCUGUUCUACCAAAGAGCACCCCUGAAGAGUAACUCUCUUUGUUUUCAGGAUGUUCCCUGUGCAACCAUCCAGAAUGAAGGUGAGAUUUUGAUCAUUCUUUGAGGGGGUGUAGCCACUGUACUUGAUAAAAGUAGAUAUGUCUUGUACUCAAGUGCCUCAUCCAUUGUCAUAAUGUCCUCUUAUGUCAUCUCUUUCCUUCCUCCAAAUUCUAGAUGGACUGAUUUUUACCUGUGAGAAGCGCUGCCUCAAGAAGCGCUCCUGUGGCCGACACAAAUGUGGCGAGCUGUGCUGUGUGGUGAGUGACAGAAAAGUGUGUGGCACCCAGUUUGUAAAGAACACAGUCAGGAAGUAAAAGCUACAAGUCAUACACUAGUUAGCUGAAUUAAUUUGGAAGUAGUUAUUAGGAAUUAAUUGAUGGCACUGCAGAGGGCAUCCAGAUGUGCCUGCCUACUAACUGGUGUCACACUGACAUAUGUCCCCCCCCUCCCCCUAGGGCGCGGAACACACGUGCUCUCUGGUCUGUGGCUACAAGCUCAACUGUGGCCUCCACCGCUGCCAAGAGCUCUGUCACCGUGGGAACUGCCAACCCUGCUGGCAAACCAGUGAGUCCUAGUCAGAGUUCCCAGUGCUGCUCCCAGUGGCACUGCCAACACAGAUGUUCACAUGCCAGCAGAUGCACAGAUGCCAAAGUCAAUUGAGUCAUUUUACCCAGGCUUUGCGAUUCUCUGUGGUUCAAAUGACAAUGUUCCUCACCGUAUCUUACCUUGCUAAUAGUCUAGAGCACUUCCUAUUUCACAAGGUAGGAAGGCCAUUUACUAUACCAGUGGACUUAAUUUUCACUUAGUCUCCUAUUGAUAUCAACAUGUGUUAGUUAGUGUGAUACAGUACGCUGUGUCUUGAUAAUUGAGAUCACAUGGCCCCGUUAGCUAAGUAACACGCCAGACAGGUUGUCAUAGGCCACGUCCCUCUGAAUGCCUGCCUGUUUCCUGUGUGUAGGUUUUGAUGAGCUGGCGUGCCACUGUGGGGGGACUGUCCUGUUCCCCCCAAUCGCCUGUGGCACCAAGCCCCUAGAGUGUAAGAACCUGUGUACCAGGAGGCACACGUGUGACCACCAAGGUAAAGACUGGAGCUACCUCUAGAACCAAAUAAAUCACCGCAAUUCACCUGAGACUGCAAGUCAUGACAUCUAUUAUGAGCUGCAUACGAAAUGGCACCCUAUUCCCUAUAUAGUGCACUACUUUUGACCAGGGCCCAUAGGACACUAUAUAUAGGGAAUAGGGUGCCAUUUGGGAUGAAACCUUGGUGUCUCAUUAUAGUGCCUGAGAAUGUUUAUUCCUCAUCCUCUGUCUCAUACUGUCUGUCUAUGUCCUCAGUGUUCCAUAAUUGCCACAGUGAGGAGAAGUGCCCACCCUGUACUUACCUCACUCAGAAGUGGUGCAUGGGAAAGCAUGAGGUAACUUUGCCGAUAUUAGCCUAUUGGCUGCAUCGACCUAACCUUCAAACCUGUUUCCCUUUGAAAUUAUAGGCUGUCUCCUAAAUGGCACCCUAUGCCCUUUAUAGUGCACUCCUUUUGACCAGAGCCCUAUGGGCUGUAGUCAAAAGUAGUGCACUAUAUAGGGAAUAGGGUGCCAUUUGGGACAUAGCCAUAGUCAUGACACGACACUUCACUAAAGCCUUCUCCUCUUCACCUCGCCCCCCCGCAGCGAAGGAGCAACAUCCCAUGCCACCUGCAGGACAUCUCCUGUGGCCUGACCUGCAACAAGGUGCUGGUGUGUGACCUCCACCGCUGCCGCCGCAUCUGCCACCGUGGAGAAUGUCUGGCCGAGGGCGCCUGCCGCCAGCCCUGUGUGCUGCCCCGCGCCGACUGUGGCCACCCCUGUAACGCCCAUUGCCACAAGGGCACCAGCUGCCCGCGCAACACCUGCACUGCCAAGGUACAGAAAGCUAAAUGUUCAACCAGCUGACUAAAGGGAUUUUAUCCUGGGUAAAUAAAUCAAAAAUAUGUGGCCCCUGUGUUAUAGAGAGACUGCACUACAUUUAGGGUGACAUUCUGACAGUAAACAUAUGGAUAACUUCCCAAGAAAUGACUAACUCUUCAAAUACUCGGCACAUGGGUCAGACGUGGAGAUACAGGCAGCAGUGUUGGACUGCAAUAGAAGUCUUCUUGUGGCCAGGGUUUUAUUUCCGUUUCCACGUCUGUCCCACAGGUGGCGCUACAGUGUGACUGCGGCCGGAGAAAGGAAACGGUAGUGUGCACGGAGGCAGCCAGCGCCCAUCAGAGGUGUGCGUGCGUCCUUAUGUGCCUGUACAGUAGAAUCAAACAAUGGUUUAGAACUACCUUGAAUGCGUGCUCUAAACCAGAGUUUUCACUUAUUCCAUGUGCACUUUUCCAAACUUGACUGUGCAUGUGGUGCCAGGCAGUGGUUCCUUGGUAUAACAGUAUGUGUGUCCCCUGUGCUAUAGGUAUGCAGCCAUUGCCAUGGCCAGUAAGCUGUCUGACAUGCAGCUGGGUGACUCUGUAGACAUCGGUCUCAUCACUAAGAAGGAGAUGAAACAGACAAAGUAAGAUGGGACCAAACCUGACUCAAAGCUGAUAUGACAUACAAUACGUAGUUAUUUACCUUGUACAAAAUAUGUGUUCCAUUUCCAGCUCAUUUGAAUGUCUCUGUGUGUUCCGUCUCAGGUUGGAGUGUGACGAGGGGUGUGCUGCACUGGAAAGGAACAGGUCAGUUGUCGCACAGCUAUUGUCGCAUUUUGCGACCCUUUGACUUGGCUGUAAUUGUGAUUUGGUCAAACAGUAAAGUGCUUUAUCCUUAUGAUUCCUGUAAUGCAAGUGUCUGCCCAGCCCCUGUGCCUGUUUCGCUAGGGCCUGCUGCUGUGAUGAGUUAGCCACUCUCCCUCUUCCCUGUUGUGUGCUCCAGGAUUUUUUUUAAAUAAUCAAAUUGCAGGAAAAACACAGCUUUGGAAGCAACUACUGUUGAAACUGUCAAAUAGAGGAUGACCUCAGCUUUCUGUGGGUAUAAAUUAUUUUGUUCAACUUUUAAAAUUGAGCUCAAUAGCGACUAUUUUACAACCAAUCACAAGAUGUUUGAUAUAAGGAGCGUGCGAAAUGCGUAUCGGCCCUUGAGUGCAUAGGGUAGUAGGCUACAAUUACAACAACAAAAAUUGGACAUUACAUUUACUGAUAGAUUAAUACAUGACUACUAGCACUGGGUAUUAUAUUUAGUGUUGGUGAUCUAAUGUCUUAUGAGUUUUCACUUCCUUGUGGUGAAUUAGCCCCAAAUAAAUUAGCCUAUGGUAUUAGUUCACAUAAAGAUGUAGGCAAAUUAAUCUAUUGAACAACAAAAUUCUGAAAAUUCUGGAGUCCUAUUUUAAGAGUAAAAUAUAACAAUAUCCUAUUGUCAACCCACAAUUCAUGACAAUCACUUAUUUCUUGAAUAGCCCACUUGAUAGCACAUUGCUUUAGGCUGUCAAAUUGAUUUGUUUUCUUAAAUGUGCAGUCAACUUCAGAGCCUUUUCCUGUUCUAGUCUUCUUGUUCUAGUGGACCUUUGUGUCUGCCCAUGUUUUCUGACCUAAGUUGUGUGUAUGUGUCCCCACAGGCAAUUGGCUGAGGCCCUGCAGAUUGACCCAUCAGUGGACCCCUUCAACAUCCGCUCCUCCUCCUCCACAUAUAGUGACAGCCUCAGAGUAGAUGCCAGGUGGUUUACCAAUACAUAGAAAUGUAUUUUCACUGCAUGCCAAGCUCUGAGUCCACCACAAGGAGUUCUGACAAAGUUCUCAGAUAUUCUAGUCUUAGUGUGCAUGUUGAUAUGGGGCUUAUAUUUCCUCAUUUGAAGGCUAAUCGAUGGCACCGAUGUACUUCCAGCCACUACCGGUGCCCUUUGAGACACGUUUUCACAUUUUCAUUGACGGAUCAUCUUUACCACAACAUAACGUUAUUUAUCAUUUUUCCAACUUUAGAAAAGAUCUGAAGUUUGUCAGCGAGAUUGAAGAGGAGAUCAAGAAUCUGGUUGAGCUGGCCAGCAAGGUAAGGGACAAAUAGACAUGGGCUGUGUGCAAAAUGGCCUGUGUGCAAAAUGGCACCCUAUUCCCUAUAAUACUGCACUACUUUUGAACAGAGCCCUAUGGUCCCUGGUCAAAAGUAGUGCACUAAAUGGGGAAUAGGGUGCCAUUUUGCACAGAGAUGGGGUGAUUUUCACACAGAAUUAAAGCACAGGGACAAGAAUAAACACGCCUCUUUGGCAUGAAAUGUCACCCACCACUUAAACUGAGCACAGUGUGUAUUAUUUAAGAGCAGUUAGAUGUAAUGGUGUUAGAUUUAAAUACUUUAUACAGGGCCAGCAUUUCCCUAUACAUGACUGUGUUUCCCUAAAACACUACCAGCUUACCAGAGGACCUUCAGUUUGCAUAGUCUGAAUUGAACUUAAAGCUUCUGGUCCCCUUAGUUGAAGGAGUGCAGGAAAGGCUUGAAACAUUUGAAUGCCCUUGGGUAUUACGAUGGGUAUUGAUCAUGUUAAUGAAAAGUUAUAUUUGUCGUUGGUUAUCCCUUUGGUUCUGAACAUUGGAAAAUACUACUUUAGUCAGCAUAACGUCAAGUGAAUCGGCUCCGGUAGCUUGCAGUAUUUAUUAGGUCAAAAUGUAUUUAUUUAAACCUUAUAUCAAACAGUAACUCUGAACAAUCUUUCAUAGUGGAAACAAAGUCUUUUGAGUGACUGGUGUGUGUGUGUGGAACCCGUUUGCAGGGUAAACAGUCCAAGAGGAGCCACUGCUUCCCCCCCAUGAACAGAGAGCACAGGAAGAUAGUCCACGAGUUGGCUGAGGUCUACAACGUAGAGAGCGUGAGCUACGACAGCGAGCCCAAACGCAACGUGGUCAUCACCGCCAUCAGGUAACGCCUCCACGUGCGCGUUACAAUCUAUGACGAUGUUGUAGCUUUGAAAAGACUACGUAAUUACUGUCUGUGCAACCGUGUCAGCAGGGUAUAUUUUGUAUGAAGGGAUGUGUAUUGUGAACAAUUCAGACAAAGUGCUGUGCCUCUGCCAUUCUGAGGAUAUGCUGUAACUGUACUUUUUGCUGUGUGCAGGGGGAAGUCUGCCUGUCCUAACUCAACCCUGACGUCCCUGGUAGAGAGAGAUACAGGGGUCUCGAGGGCUCCUCCACCCAUUGCCCAUAUCAAACAACAUAGCAGCAAGUAGGCUUGCGUUUUGCACUCACAUUGAAAGACUCCUCACUCCACACACAGGCCUAAAUUGGACCUUAGUUUGUAGGCUUUCAAUGUCCCAAUGACUUGUAACUAGCCAGCUACAGCUAGUUAAUUGUGGUUCUUGUUUUUGUCAUCAGGACUGACGGUGUGAGCAGCUGGUCCAAGGCAGUCAAAGAAGAGCCGGUGAUCGACUACUUCGAUGUACAGGAUUAAUAAAGGCCCAAAACGAGCAAACCUCGUGAAGUAAUAAUACAAAAUAAAGAAUGUGUCUGCUGUUCGAAGAUGGUCUGAAAUCUGUAAUGCCAUCUCUCCUCCCUCAUUUGUUAUUUUCUCUUGAAGGCAAACAUCACUACAAUACUAUUUUUCGGUUUGUAACCAAAUAAUAAGUAAUGUUUAACUGCCAUAUGCAAAUACCAUGAGCAAAUCUCCAGACUUUGAAAAUAAUAAUGAAUUGCAUUUGAAUAGGUAGCAAUUUUCAGUAAUUCUCGAAGCGCGACUACGUUGUAUUCUACGAGGGGACAUGCCAUACCUUAUUUCAAUAAAGCUAAUUUUCAAUGGUGUUUUUGAUACUUUACUUACCAAUAUAAUGCAGAUAACCUUUAUUGACAUUGUUACACAUGCUAUAAAAUAGAACUACACAAGAUACUACUACAUAAUGAUAGUAACAUCAAAAAAAUUACUUGAUUAUAUUAUCUUUAAAGUGUUUGGGUUAUUUUGGGCAUGAUCAAUUGGGUUGCAUUUAACUGUAUCAACAUUAUGAUGCUCAGGUGAUGAAAGGGGCCGGAUCAAACAGCCCCUUAUAAACGCAACAUGUAAAGUGU